AUGAUUAUUUGCCGGUCUGUAUAUUGGGAUAUAUUUCCAUAUUCAAAAUUUAUAUUUAAAUUUCCCUUGAUAAUAAUUUUAUUGACAAUAAUAUUUUUUACUGUUAUUCCAUUAAUUAUAUUAUUUAUUAAACCAAUACAUUUAACAAAUAAUCCAGAAAAGGGUUUUGAUACACGAGAUACAUAUUAUUCAGGACCACGUUUGGCAUGGGAUCAAAUUCAAGGUAUUUUAUCAUUAGGUAACAGGGUACCAUUUCAAUAUGAUAAUAUUAAUGAACAAAAUUUAAUUGAAGCAUCAUUUAAAAAAAAUAAUGACAUUAAAUUACAAAAUUCAAGAUUAAAAAGAAAUUGGGCUGAUAAUUUAGUUGCAUCUUUAACUAAUGUAGCAUGUUAUGAGAAUCCCAUACCUGCAAUGGAUUAUUUGUCACAAUUUGUCAUAGAAAUACCAUCAAUUGAUAAAAUAUUUGAUCCUGAUUUUCUUACAGAUAUGUGUUUAUUACAAGAUGAAUUGAUGGAUGAAAUUAUGUAUUUUGGUGGUAUGACACCAUACAAAAGUAUAUUUCAUAUUGCAAAUUUUUUUUCAUGUUUUUCACCAAACUAUAGAGUUAAUUGUACAUUUAUGAAUUAUGAUGAUAUUCAAUAUUCAAAAAGUUUAAUGGAAACAUGCCUGCCAUACAGAGAUCAAAUUAUUUCAUGUAGAAAACAUUGUCAUAAAUUAGGAAAUCCUUUAACAAUAGAAACAUGUUUAAGUUGUGAAAAUGAUGAAAUACCAAAAAAUUGUUCAAGUCAAAUGGUUUUUGAUUUAUUUUAUAGAAUAUUACCUAAAUAUAUACCUGGAAGACCAAUUUAUUUAAAUAAUUAUUUACCAUUUUUUUCAUAUACAGCGUAUAAAUUACAAGGAAUGGAUGUAAAUAUUAAGAAAUAUGUAGAAUUAGAAAAAAAAUUAAAGGAAAUAUUUAAAAAAUCAAAAUUUAUACAAUUAAAAGGUCUUAAUUUUGAGGUAAAAAGAGAUUUAUUAUUACCUUAUGCAAUUAGGGAUUCAAAACUUGCAAUUAUUGCAGCUAUAAUAGUUUUUAUUAUUAUUGGAUUAUAUUCUUUUUCUAUUACUUAUACAUUAGCAAUACUAUAUAUGUUAUCAACAUCAGUUUUAUCCGCUUUAGCGGUUUAUACAUUUUUUACCCAAGAUUUUCCAUUAUUAAAUUUAGUUGUAUUUGUAUUAUUAAUAGCAAUUGGAAGUGAUGAUGCUUUUUUAGUAUAUUCAUCAUUUAAAAGUGGUGAGAACUUUGAUGUAUAUACAUUUCAUGAAAGUUUAAAACAUAUAGCAACAACAAUGUUUUUAACACAAUUUUCAACUGUAGUGCCAUUUUUUGUUAACAUAUUAUCAAAAGUAAUUGUAUUUCGAUCAUUUGGAUUAUUUGCUGGUUUUACAUUAACAUUUAACUAUUUUCUAUUAAUUUCAUUUCUACCAGCCUUUGUAGCAUUAGAAAAAAAAUUAUCAAAACAAAUUUGUCCUCGUUUAAAACCACCAACAAUUAAGUGGAUGAAUAAAUUAAUUAACCAUUCAAUUAAUGAAAUCUUACCGGCUGUUGUUAUACAAGGUCGAUUUGUUUGGAUUGUGUCCUUAACAAUUUAUUCAGGAAUAUCUAUUUUUAUUAUUAUUAAUCAAUUACAUUUACCACAAUAUAAUCCUUUACAAUUAUUUGCUAGAAACAAUCUUCAUGAGUGGUUUGAUAACAAUGCAGAAAUUCAAUUUGAAUUUGUAGAAACAAAAUUAGCAUUACCAUUAAAUAUGCGAUUAGUUUGGGGACUUAAUAAAGUUCAAUCACUUUCACAUUUUAAUGCUGAUAAAGUUACUAAUGUUACUGUAGAUAAAAGAUUUAGAAUUCGAACGUUAACAGAAUUAAAAAAUUUAGCAAAAGAACUUUAUCGUAUGAGAAAUUUACCCUUUGUUCAACAUCCUACAAAAUUUUGGCCUGAAAGAUUUUUAGAUUGGUCUAAAACUUUACCAUGUACACCAGAUGCAGCUUGUUGUAAUGUAACAAAUAAAUAUUUUGAAGAUGAUUUCUUAGAUUAUUGUAUGAGAAUAUCAACAACACAAAUACCUACAAUGUUUAAUGAUACACCAAUAUAUCAUAAUGUUACUUUUGAAUUUGUUGGGUAUACAGCAUUAUUACCAACACAAUUAAAAUAUAAUCAUAGAUUUAAAUUAUUAUCAGAAGCAUUUGAUAAAUUUGAUAAUGAAUUUAUUCCUAUGAUGUCAUCAAAUAAUUUUUGGUAUUCUCCGGAAUGGAGUCUUAUGUCAAUAUGGAUAGAUUUACAAAAAGCAAUUGUUUCUGAUUGUCAAUAUAGUACAUAUAUUUCAAUUUUUGUUGUUGCAAUUUUUGCAUUUAUAUGCCUUAAAUUAAAAAGUAUUGUUGCAUUAAUAUGUAUAACAUUUAUUGUUAUAUCAUCUGGAGGAACAGUUGUAUUUUUUGGAUGGGAAUUAGGUGUUCUUGAAGCAGUUAUUCUUGUUCUUGUUGUUGGAUUAUCCUUUGACUAUACUCUUCAUUAUGGAGCUGCAAUUCCAAAAUCAGGAUGUGUUUAUCAUAGAAUUGAGCAAGCAUUAAAAACAGCAGCUGUACCAGUUGCAUUAGCAGCAUCCACUAGUUUUUUAGCUGGAUUUGUAAUGUUAUUUUCUAUAACACAUGCAUUUUUUCAAGUAGGAAUGUUUUUAGUUGUAUCUAUAUUGGCAAGUUAUAUUUUUUCAACAUUUUUCUUUUUACCUCUGUUAUAUAUGACAUUGAAAGAGAAUGAUGAUUGUAAUUAUUGUAAAAAAGAACAAAAAUUUCCAGGAGAUAGUCGAUUUACAACAAUGGUAUACAAACUUACAUAUUUUGGAGUUCGUGGAUAUGGUGAACCAGCAAGACUUAUGUUUAGACAUGCUGGAGUAGAUUUUGACGAUAAUGUUAUUGAUCAUUCUGUUUGGCCAAAAAUUAAACCAACAACUCCAUUUGGACAAGUUCCAGUUUUAGAAGUUGAAGGAAAACAAAUUGCUCAAUCAUUUGCAAUUUAUAGAUUUUUGGGAAACAAAUUUGGCCUUUGCCCAGGUAAUGAAGUUGACAAGGCUAUGGCUGAUUCUAUUGCUGAAUAUGUCAAGGAAUUUGAUAACAAGGCACAUGAUUACUUUAUUAUUAUACUUGGAUUUAUGCAAGGUGACAAGGAUGCUGAAUGGAAAAAUAAGGUAUUACCAGCUGUUGAACAAUAUUUCCCAGUUAUUACUAAUUGGUUGAAGGCUGCUGGAAAUGGUUAUUUAACAAAAGCUGGUUUGUCGUGGGUUGACUUUUUUGCCGCUGAAAAACUUGGAAAUGUUGUUAAUACAUGUCAAACUGUUGCUGCAAAAUAUCCAGAGAUCAAAGCUUUUGUUGAUAAAAUUUACUCUCUUCCAACAAUUAAGAGUUACGUUGAAUCCCGUUCAAAAGUACCAUACUAA